AUGCAGCUCGGGGAGAAGCGGGAACUCGGUGUGCACGCUCAGCCCAGUGACGCCCAGAGAGAGCAAGCGGCAGCGGGAGAGAGAGAGCUGGAGGGACAGGAAGCAGUCUGGCAGCGAGGUGCGAGGGAGAAGAAGAGGAGGAGGAAGAAGAGGAAGAGGGGGCGGAGAGGAAGAGCGCGUAGAGUCCGGCUCGCCGCUGCCGCCGCCCGGCCGACUCCAGCUGGGAGUACCACUGCUCUCAGGUUUCCCCUCUCACCUCCUCCGUCUCCUCCCCCUCACGCUCCUCCUCCUCUUCCUCCUCUCUCCUCUGUUCCUCCCCACAGGCGUCUUCACAGACGCCGCCAACUCCCUCGCUCUCCCCCAGCGAUCGCAACAACGCUCACCACGGAGAAAAACCCGGCGGGAAGAGGAAGUACAAGAGCCGCCACCUGGACAGCGAUGACAAAGACCCCACCUGGAGGCCCUGCAGCAGCCACCCCAGGGAGAGAGGAGGGAGCCGGGGGACAAGGAGAGGAGGAGGAGGAGGGAGAGGGAAGGAGGGCGAGAAGAGAGAGGCAGAGGAGGGACGCUCACAGGGAGGGCGGCGGGGACAGCAGCAGCAAGAGGUGCCGAGAAGACCGGAGUCCCAGCGUGGAGAUCAUCUAUGAGGGCACCUUCAUCUCUAACGAGACGCAGUCCCCUGCCCGCAAACGCCGCAGGAAACGACACCGCAAGGCACAACAGAGCAGUUCUCCGGUCAUCAUUACCCUCGACAGCGACAGCAGCCGCGACGACGGGAACAACAAACACGGCGGCGGCAGCAGCAGCAGCAGCCCACUCAGCAGCCAGCAGACCGUCGAUUUCUCAGACCUUCCUCCUCUCCCAUUGGUGCAUUCUUCCGGUGUGGGCGGAGCCUUGAAUGCAGAAAUUGGCGAGCUUCCUGUUGACAUCCUGGACCGAGCAUCUGACGGUCAGAGACCGAGCCGGCCGGCCGACUUGAGGCCACAGGCCCCAUCGCCAUUGACAACAGCGACAACAGUGAACAUGAUGUGGACGUGGAAAACAUUGAAGAGAGCGGCUCACUGCUGCGAUUGGAUGGUGAUAAAGGACCAAUGA